GCCCGACACGCACACGCGCGCACCACGCGCUCGCAGCCUUACGCGGACGAUCAUAUUAAAAAAAACAAUAUUAUCGUAUAUUUUUAAUAAACAACUUGUUAAGAAAGUGAUUAACUUGAAACAAAUUAGUGCUAACUACAACCAUAACAGUAAAUAUUUAAAUAAAAAAAAAAUUGAAAUAAUUUAUUUACGUACAAAUUGUGUCAAUCAACAUUAAAUAAAAUUAUUAUAAAAAUGUAAUAAUAUAAAGUGAAAAUAUAAAAUGCGAACUUGAACAAAUAUUUGUAUCAUUUCAAAUUGUAAGGAGAACGGAAGAGUUACAAUCGUUAUCAGUAAUGCUGUGUACAAAUGACGCCGGUUGUGCAGCGGCGGUGUGGUGUGUCAGGAGGAGCAAGUCCAUCAGUCUGCGCCGACUGUAUGCGGGUCUGAUAGCGAGCGCGCUGCUCGGUGCCGCGGGCUACGUAGACGCAGAUCGGCCGAGGUCCCUCACGUACGAGCAGAUAUACAACAGCACCGCCUACGCGCAGCUGGAGUACACGCACAGGGCGGGCAGGAGGAACAGCAGCCAGCACAGCGGGCCGAGGGGCGAGGGGGGCCGGCUGCGGAACACGCAGGGGCUCGGCCAGGGACAGCUGCUGGUGGGCUUCGCGCGCGAUCCUUUCCGACCGUCCAUACCGGAGGCUGAUUAUCUAAAGGGAGUGAGAUCGCCGGACGGGCAGCAGUACAGCACGGAGCGCGGCAAGCGCGGCGUGGUGCACCUGUACAACAUGCUGACGUGCGCCACGGGCUGCGACCCGCUGGACUACAAGGGCUACGGCUGCUACUGCGGCUUCCUGGGCGAGGGCCGCCCCACCGACCCCAUCGACAACUGCUGCCGCAUCCACGACGAGUGUUACGAGAAGUUCCACUGCCCCUUCUACACGGUGUACUUCCAGCCCUACUACUGGAAGUGCUACCACGGCGAGCCGCUGUGCGCCAGGGAAAACCACUCGGUCCGCAAGGGCGUGAACAGCUGCGCGGGGCAGCUGUGCGAGUGCGACCGGCGCUUCGCGAUGUGCGUGCGCAAGUACUCGUGCCCGCGCGGCAAGGCGCUGUGCCGCUCCUCGCCGCUGCGGCUGCUGCAGAACAUACUCAUGUCCUAUUGACUCCCUCUCGCUCGUGUCGGACUCAUCAGCUGGGAGACACGUGCCGCCUGCCUUACCCGGUACGGCAGCCGCAUCCACCUCGUCCACUCGUGGCAUGGCUACCGACUGCAGUCAGUCAGUCUCACCACACAAGGAGCCUUCAGAAACUGACCAGCAAUGUUCGGAAUGUAAAUAAAAUAGGUAAGAACACGACUAGUCUAUAAGUAUAAGGUAGUACCUACUGUCCGUUAUGCCUAGCUCGGACUAGUAUUUUAGUCGAGUACGAACGAUAUUUGGAAAUUUUUGAAUUUCCCGCCCAUAAAUCGUUCGUUCUCGACUAAUUUAGUCCGAACUAGGCCUUAGAGCCAUUUAUUUAUACUCACCUUUUAUAAUUUAAGAGCAAUUAAGAUAAUUAUUUGUACUUUACUUUUAAUAUUUAUGUUAUUUACCAAUUUCACAGAAUACAUAUCCAAUUGAAGUAAAAUGCAGCCAGUAUGUGUAGUGUAUAUAAGUGUUGUUGCAACCAUUACCCAGGGGCAGGAUUUGUAAUAACUAUAAGAAUAUUAGCUUAAAGUAUCUUCUUAUCUAAUAAAAAGUUACCAAUAUAAUUAUAAGGAUUAUGUAAAUACCUACCUAAUUAACUACAAUAAUAUAGAUAAAUAUUAAUAACUCGACUUAGUCGUAAUUUUGUACAAUACCUACCUAUUCACAUAUCGGUAGGUUAAUAUAUUUAAUAAAUAAACAUUAGAAAGUU